AUGCAGUGCGGUGCGUGGUGCAGUGCGCAGUUCACGUACGACGAGCUGCGGCUCCUGGAUCCAGCACAGCGCGAACAGCGUGCGGCCGACUCGGAGUCGUGGCCGGCACUGACGUACAACACUGUGAAACUCGACAUCACCGGCCCGGACCAGGCCAACCUGUCCAUUGUCGACCUGCCGGACCCGAUCCGCACGCCGUCGUGCAACCUGGCCGAAGAAGCCAACCCCGCCCUCGACCGCGUGCUCGGCGUAGUGACAAAGGUCGACUACAUCGUGGGGCGUGACAAGCAGGCAUCACCGUGGGGAAAGGUGCUGAGCGGGACGAAUCCCAACUUCACGAUGCGGCCAAAGCAUGGGUGGCACCCCGCACGACUGAUUGCACAGGACGAAUAUGAGGCGGGCCGCACGCGGGACACGCAUAUGCAAGCCCAGGCUAAGCUCUUCGCAGAGCAGGGCUGGACGACACAUGCUGAGAGGUGUCGCAUGGUGUUCGGGUGGGAAGCGCUAAGUGGCACGAUCUACAACCUGUUCGGCGAGAUGGUGAACGAGUUCGAACCCGUCCUGCGCGUGGAAAUCACACGCCGCGAAGUCCAAGUGGGCAACGAGUUGUUCGCGCUGCCGCCGGAAGUCGACAACCCCGUCGAGUGGCUGCACGCCGCCAUCGGGCAGCUGCACAAAGCUGUCGACGACAAGAUCAGCAAGCACAAAGACGGCACGCAGGCGCUGUACGAGCCCCAGCUGCGCCUAUCGGACGCGCUCCGCGCCACCGUGCCAGAGUUCAUGCCGUUCAAGCGAGACGACAAAAGCGACAAAGCAGCGAACUACGUUCCACCGGCGUCGCCGCUUUGGCCGAAAAGCGACAAUAGGGUUUACUACGACGACGUCGAGGCCGUGCUGGACCAGUACCAGAACGUCCGGAUCGGCACCCACUCGCUCCUCGACGCACAUGUGCACCUCUUGCGGGGACCGCAGGAUGCGUGGCGGCCCGCGGUGACGGCGUACGUUGACGGGCUGCUGUGCGCUGCACGGGGGAUAGUGGAGGGGCGCAUCGCGUCCCUCGGCUCGUCAGAACGGCUCGAACGCGACCUCAUCCGUAUCGUCGCGCAAGAAAUGGACCCACUUCGGGCUGCGUGGAGCGCGAUCGCGAGAGAAAGGCUGCGCGACGAGGCGCAGCCGCCAGCCUUUGUCGAGCUGGAGCGAUACCGCCCCGACAUGCUGAAGGAGUACGACUUCUGCGCCGUCGUCAAGCACUUUGCCGACACGUAUGCCGCCGUCAAUGGCGCGCAGGCGAGAAAAGAUAGCAGGGAGUUCCAGGUCCUCACGCUCGGCGCGCAGAUGGUGUAUCAUCUUGUCGUGUCGUCGCGUCGCUUGUCGGACGGCUUGGGCGCCAAGCUCGCGGGCGAGGUGCGCGCGUUCUUGCUCUCACUCCCUUCUGUGCUCCGCGCCGGACUGGGUUUGAAUGGCGUUAGCGCGAGCGUUGGGAAACGCGUGCGACGCUGGGCUGAGCCGGAGCGCGAGGUCGGGCGGAAGCGCGCCCGGCUGAAUGAGGAAGAGGAGCAGCUGGGCAAGAUUAGGUUACUGCUGGACGGCGACUGCCACAGCGACGAGGAGGAGGAUUAG